GAUAAGAUAGCACUCAAAGCAGAAUUUGUUAGCCUUGCCUUAGCCAUAACCUCCAGGGCUACAUAACCUCAAUGUUUUAUCUAUGUAAAUCAAUUGUCAAAGUGUUUAAUUUUUGAAUAGCCUAAUAAAUUGGCUUAUGGCAUCUUACAUUUUAACUGUAGUGAAUUAUAUAUAGCCUAGUCUAAGUUUAACAACAGUGUGCUCGUGUUUAUUAAAAAGUUAGCAGGGCCUGACUAAUUUUAACUAACUUAAGCUAGUAUUAUGGUUCCAGUCUUAUGAACAGUUUUGAAUUCAUCACAAGCAGGGGUAAUGCUAGGUCUAGCCUGUUUUUCAUUGACAAAUAAUUAUUGAAAUUACCCCACCAGAAGAAGAUACCAAUAUCAAUGUUUAUAGUAAAUUCAUUGUGCAGGACCAAAAUCAACUGGAAGACAACCUCUAAGAGCUUAUUGAAAAUUAUGGCUUCUGAUACAGGAGAUCGAACUUGGGGCCAUUUAGCCUCAACAGAACAUUUUGGCAGGAUAACUGACUCUUCAGACUACAUUCAAGUAGAUAGAGACAAUUUGAAGAAUGAUCCAUAUUUUAAUAGUACACAGGCGAGUCAUUGUAUGAUCUUUGCUAGAAAUGACAAGAAAACCUUUGGUGUUUACAACCCAAGAGCUGCCAUAUUAAUGCAGAUGCGGUUUGAUGGCAAUUUGGGUUUUCCUGGAGGACUGGUUGAUGAUGGGGAACAACCAGUCGAAGCUCUUAAUCGAGAACUUAGUGAAGAAAUGAACUUGGAUGUAAAAAAACAUCAUGUCUCUGAAUCAGACUACGUUGUAUCACAUUGGAGCAUAGCCAAGCGAUUAUGUUUACACUUCUACGCUCUAGAAGUCAGUUUAGAUGAAAUAUUGGAAAUUGAAAAGACAGCUCUGUUAGCUAAAGAUUAUGGAUCAGAGGUCCUAGGCACGGUUAGAGUUCCACUGUACACCAUGGGAGAUGGUUACCGAGGUUUUCCUACUUUCCUGUCAAACGCCUUCAUCGGCAACUCUCGUCUGCAGCUGCUUCAGGCCCUGCGGCAUCUCAACAUUCUGACCGACCAAGAGAUACAACUGGCCCAAAAGGCUGUGCCACUGCCACUCAAAUCAUGAAAACAGUUCAAACUAGCUGUAGAUAUCCUUUAACAUUCUUGACUUUUACGUCUUUCUUAAAGAACAGCUUUAAAUAUAAAAUUAAAAGUCAAAUUUUAUAAAAUUUAUUAUUUUAAAAUUAUUUAAUCACGUUAUAAAAUAUAUUGUUUUCAGUAAAAUAUCAAAGUUUUAUUG